AUGACCAACUACAUCCCGCACCAUUCAACCAAAGAAACAUCUGUCCUCAGUCAUGCGAACACGACUGGAUCGUGCAGACACAUUUCCAAGAAAUAUUUUGGCCAUGAAAUCUUUGACAUGUGCUGGAGCACUGAAGCCAAUGACCUGCCGACUGUGGAGACGCUGACUGGAACAUCAUCGGCCGGUGAACACUUUGGAGGUCAAACAUUCGACAUGUGCUGGGACACCGAGGUUGAUCUGGCACCGAAUGUGAGCGAGGAUGCAGCGAGACCUGCUGCCGCAGGUCAGUACAAUCUUUGUUGGGACGAUGAACUGGACCCAUCAAAGGUCGACUCGCCACCAAUAGUGGAGCUGGCGACUAUCGAGACUCUGACCAUGGAUGUCACCAUACCAUUGGCAGCCAGUCAAUAUGAUAUGUGUUGGGAGGACCGGCCAUCUGCAUCAGCACCAAUUUUGACAUGUGCUGGGGAGAUUUGCCAUCAGGCGGAAGGUGAUGACCUUCGCACUGGUGGGACCACUGCACCGGCGAUGAACUUGGUCAACUCAGCUGCUAACACACAGCAGUCGUCUGAGAGUCACUCCGCUGGCACUCAGGCUGUCUAUGACAUGGGUUUUGGCCGUGGCUUGCCCAAUACAUCUCUAGUACCGAGAGACGGCUCGCCGAGCGACAUGUUCGAAACCACUGAGGAUUUGCUGCACCGAGCAACUCUGAGGCUGGAAAGCAUCGACGCUUAA